UCCCGCAGACUCCUCUUAUCGCGAGAGGCGCGAGGUGCGAAGCCGGCUGGCGCCGAGAAGCCGGGAGCGAGCCCCGAGAGGCAGUCUUUAGGUCCAUCAGCAACCGCAGGAAUGGCAGAUUAUGGGGUCUCGGCUGGCCAGUGUGUGGCAGUGAUCUGGGAUAAGUCAUCCCUGGCGGAGGCUCUGAAAGAUCUGGUGGAUCAGCUUCGGACGUUAACUGGUGACGAAGGCCGAGUAUGUGUGGAGAACGUGAGCCAGCUGUUGCAGUCUGCCCACAAGGAAUCCAGCUUUGAUGUUAUUUUGUCGGGUGUGAUUCCUGGUAGCGCCACUCUGCACAGUGCUGAGAUUUUGGCCGAGAUGGCCCGGAUCCUUCGGCCUGGUGGAUGUCUCUUUCUGAAAGAGCCAGUAGAGACAGCUGUAGUGAACAAUAGCAGAGUGAGAACGACCUCUAAGCUGUGCUCGGCGCUGACUCUCUCUGGUCUCGUGGAAGUGAGAGAGCUGUUGCGGGAGUCCUUGAGCCCCGAAGAGGUACAGUCUGUCCAGGAACACCUGGGUCACCAAAGUGACAGCUUGCUGUCUGUGCGCAUCACAGGCAAAAAACCCAACUUUGAAGUGGGCUCUUCUAGUCAACUGAAGCUUUCUGUUGCCAAGAAGUCUUCUCCUCCAGUGAAGCCUGCCGUGGACCCUGCAGCGGCCAAGCUCUGGACCCUCUCAGCCAACGACAUGGAGGACGAGAGUGUGGAUCUCAUUGACUCUGAUGAGCUGCUGGAUCCAGAAGAUUUUAAGAAGCCAGAUCCAGCUUCCCUGCGGGCUCCUGCAUGUGGAGAAGGAAAAAAGAGGAAGGCCUGCAAGAAUUGCACCUGUGGCCUUGCGGAAGAACUGGAAAAAGAGAAGUCACAGGAACAGGCGAGGUCCCAGCCCAAGUCGGCUUGUGGAAACUGCUACCUGGGCGAUGCUUUCCGCUGCGCCAGCUGCCCCUACCUUGGGAUGCCAGCCUUCAAACCCGGGGAGCAGGUGCUCCUGACCAACAGCAAUCUCAGCGACGCCUAGGAGGGACGCACCGUGGUGCGCAGGCGCUCCUCCGGCCAGCUCCUGCCCCUCGAACCCCACCGUGUGGUUCCUCCCACCUCCUCCGGAUUUGCUCCCUCUCUGCGUGAACUCCAUCUGCAGGGAGGGCGCUUGGUAAACAGUGUGAAGCUGGCUGCGGGGCGCAGUGGGGCGCAGUGCUGCUAUGUGCCCAGAGACCAAGGUGUUACGGGGCCUGGUUCCUCAGAGUCGGGGGCCUCCUUCUCCACCUAGUGUGAGGGAAUGGGAGUGCGUCCUGAGGCGGCCCCUCUCCCGAUGUCACAGCGCUGACCUAACACUCAGAGUAUUGCCACUCUGUGACAAAGAGGCCCUGCCCCCGAUCUAAGCCCAGCUAUAGUGCCACUACUUGUCUUCCAGAGCUGUUGGUUUACUCAGCCUGUGGCUGUUGGCGACAGGAAUCGGGUGUCUCAUGACCUCCUCAGGGCACCAAGGAAUCACCCAUUGGUUGCUGUGAUCAUAUUCAGUGUUCCUCUGUCCUUCUAUCCCCACCCCACCCCACCCCCUUUUACUGUAUUGUAUCCAUCCUGUCGUUUACUCUGUAGUUAUUAAAGUUGUGUACUUCUGCA